GCCCCCGCCGUCGCCACCGCCCGCGCGCCGUCGCCCCGGCCCCGCCCCCCGAGAGCCGAGGGCUGUCGGCAGCCGAGGUCUGUCCGCGCCCAUCUCCUUACCGGCUUGUUUGCCACCAUGCCGCUGUACGAGGGCCUGGGGAGCGGCGGAGAGAAAACGGCGGUCGUGAUAGACCUGGGAGAGGCUUUUACCAAGUGUGGAUUUGCUGGAGAAACUGGUCCAAGAUGCAUAAUUCCUAGUGUGAUAAAAAAAGCUGGCAUGCCUAAGCCUAUUCAAGUUGUACAAUAUAAUAUCAAUACAGAAGAAUUAUAUUCCUACCUAAAGGAAUUCAUCCACAUACUGUAUUUCAGGCAUCUAUUGGUGAAUCCCAGAGACCGCAGAGUUGUGGUUAUUGAGUCGGUAUUAUGUCCUUCCCACUUCAGAGAGACACUCACUCGUGUUCUUUUCAAGUAUUUUGAGGUUCCAUCUGUCUUGCUUGCUCCAAGUCAUCUAAUGGCUCUUCUUACACUUGGGAUAAACUCUGCCAUGGUCCUGGAUUGUGGAUAUAGGGAAAGCCUGGUGUUACCUAUAUAUGAAGGAAUCCCAGUACUAAAUUGUUGGGGAGCACUCCCCCUAGGAGGAAAAGCUCUUCACAAGGAGUUGGAAACUCAACUAUUGGAACAAUGUACUGUUGACACAGGUGCUGCUAAAGAACAGAGCCUUCCCUCUGUGAUGGGUUCAAUUCCAGAAGGUAUCUUGGAGGACAUUAAAGUGCGCACUUGCUUUGUUAGUGAUCUGAAGCGUGGACUAAAAAUCCAAGAAGCAAAAUUUAAUAUUGAUGGGAAUACUGAGCGUCCCUCACCACCGCCAAAUGUUGACUACCCAUUAGAUGGAGAGAAGAUUUUACAUGUCCUUGGAUCAAUCAGAGAUUCAGUUGUGGAAAUCCUUUUUGAACAAGAUAAUGAAGAGAAAUCAGUUGCCACUUUAAUAUUGGAUUCCCUUAUGCAGUGCCCAAUAGACACCAGGAAGCAACUAGCAGAGAAUUUGGUAGUCAUAGGUGGCACGUCUAUGUUGCCAGGAUUCCUCCACAGACUACUUGCAGAAAUAAGGUAUUUGGUAGAAAAACCAAAAUAUAAAAAAACACUUGGCACCAAGACAUUCCGAAUUCAUACUCCACCUGCAAAGGCUAAUUGUGUAGCCUGGUUGGGAGGAGCUAUUUUUGGAGCACUGCAAGACAUACUUGGGAGCCGUUCAGUCUCAAAGGAAUAUUAUAACCAGACAGGCCGUAUACCUGAUUGGUGUUCUCUUAAUAACCCACCUUUGGAAAUGAUGUUUGAUGUCGGGAAGGCUCAACCACCUCUGAUGAAGAGAGCAUUUUCCACUGAGAAAUGAAAGUUUGAUUAAAAUUCAACUUUGCUUCAUUUCAAAUAUCUCAUCAAUUACAAGCAAACUGUACAAAGUAUAUAGGAUGGUGUUAGAGACGACUUUAGUAGAAGUGAAAGCGUUUCUGUAAUUAUACUUCACAUUAGUAUUUAAUCAUUUUGCCUUUGGUGUAAUGGUAGAAUGGUAGCUGAUGCUUAUUGAAAUUAGUUGUAUUUAUAUCAAUAAAAUAUAGUAAAGCAGUUAAUUUUGGAAGUUUGUUACAUAGUUCAUUUUUCAAAAAGAAUGAAAACAUUGUCCCUCCACAAUUCACAUAAUCUGUCCUGGGCAUUGGAGACUUCAUUAAUUUCAUUGUGUUCAACAAUUAUUUUAUUUAAAGAAUAAUGUUACCAUUUCCAGUUAUUUCAAAUAUUAACAUGGGUCUGUGUCUUAAAAUCCUUUUGUUUUGAUGUUUGUGUCCAUGUUAUAAUAAUGCUACUUUUGGGCUGAGAAUGUUGGGUAGCAUAGUUAAGCAUUUGGUAAGGAAAAUGGGGAAAUGUUCACUUUUUAACUUUACAGUUUAUUUUAUGAAUUUCUAAGAAAAAAGGUAUUUCAUUUUUAUGCGGAGAUACUCAUUUUAUGCAUUUUUAUGAAACUGCUUUAUAAACGUAUUCAUAAUGUCUUUAAUCUUCUCUUUUGUGCUUUUUAUCUUCUAAGGCAGGGGUUGUUUGAAAUAUGUACUCAGUCAUUAUUUAAUUUUUAUUUUUGUUUGUUUUUCUUCCUUUGUUUCUAAUGAACUGCCUCUUACU